AUGUCGCCCCUUCUGCUCUUCCCAGACUCUGCAAGAGCCUCUCAGGGCUGUGUCCUCGUACACUGCGCGGCGGGCAUCUCUAGAUCUCCAACCGUGGCCAUCGCCUAUCUAAUGCAGACCUCCAAACUGACUCUAGAUGCGGCCUACAAACAAGUGAAGUCCUGCAGACCAAGCGUUGCGCCCAACUUCAACUUCCUCGGCCAGUUGACAGCCUUUGAACAGCAGCUCUCU